CAAACUGAAUAUAAACCAGCGUAGUAGCACUAGUUGCGCAGUUAGCCGCAAAGUGAAUUCGCGGUCGGAAGAAACAAGUCCCGCGGCGAAUCUUUUAUUGCGCAGUUCGACAAGCAAUUUUACGAAUCGAGCAUUCAACGUGCCCUACGAUCGAGUAUUGACGAACGAAACGAGUGAUUUUCCAAAAGUGACAAGGAAAUCAUGGCGUUGGUAUCUCGAUAUGAUCGAAGCAUAUUCCGUAACUGGUGGAACGAUAUAGAUCGCUACCACCGUGAAAUAGAGGAGCACUUCCGGAAAUUGAGUCUGGGCGACGAUUUCUGGCGGCUACCGCGAGAUCUAUCGAUCCGCGACAGAUUUCGGCCAUGGCGCGACGUAUUCGAAAAUCUGGAACGCGAGAUGCCGGGCGGCUGGGCGACGGUCGAAAGCACCCCUGAUAAGUACAAGAUAAUCGUGGACGUGCAUCCGUUCACGCCGGAGGAGAUCACCGUGCGCACUGACGACACGUGCAUCACCGUCGAGGCCAAGCAUCACAAUAGAAAGGACAGAUACGGCUACGUACAGCGACAGUUUACACGCCGCUAUCUGCUGCCUAUAGGCUACGACAUCAGCCGCGUGGAGCCCAGCCUGUCGACUGACGGCAUCCUGACCAUCACGGCGCCCAAAGUGACGCCGCCGGGCGACCGAAUCUUGCCAAUUCGACGAACCUACUUCCCAGCCAUCAAGUUCAAAUAACGCGCUGGAAUGUUCCGGGAUAACGCGAAAGUGGUUCAACGUCUGAGAGAUUAAUCCCACCGAAAUAUUCGAAAUAUUGUGUUUUACAGUCGCAAUCACCCUGAGACCAAUAGUUUCUCCUAGCACCGUAGUAGGUCAAUUUAGGAAGAAACAAAGAGUUAAAGCUGACGAGAAGAGAGGUACACUCAAAAAAGAAGUGUUCAAUUUUAAAUCGUUAAAAUCUCUGUUUCAAUUUUGUCAUUUAUUAAAAAUGUUUCAACUUUAAAUAUUUUUUGUGUUUUAAAUCCACCGUUUAAAGCUAAAACACUUUCAGCUAUUUACAAAAAUAAAAUAUUGUAACGUCUUAAAAUUAAACACUUUUGAUCGACAUUCAUAGUUCUGAAUGUUCAGACAACCUUCAGAUAUCUUUGUAAUUUCAGACGACCGGUUCGCGUUGUUCAGUUUCCUCGCAGUCUAUUGUUAUGUACACCCAAGGACUUUGAUUCUGUCCAUGGGGAAAUUUUCCAAACUAAGAAGUCGCUAUCUUUCUACAUAUUUACAGUUUAUGAUUAACGUAACGACCAAUAAGCUUUAGUUGUUUCAUUAAUCAUGAACUGCAAAUAUGUAGAAAGUGGUGACUUCUCAGUUUGAAAAAUUUCCCCAUGGACAGAAUCAAAGUCCUUGGGUGUACAACCGAUCAAAACGAUAUAUCGAUACAGUAAAUAUAUAUAUAUAUGCGCGUGGCAAAGAUGAGUCAUGAUCGUUAUUUGAGGCAGUUUAAGGUUGAUUAAAAAAAAGACUGCAGAAUUAGAUUUGCAUUCUAUUGCGUUCAAAAUAGAGACUCACAUUCGGUUGCAUAUAAAACUUUUUUAAGAGCGGAAAUUAAUAGACAUCGAUUCGAUAAUUACGGCCGUGACUCAUUCUUUUGGCGUUUGGGAGACUUCAAUAGGUACAGCGUCAUUAGCUAUAAUUGUAGAAAAUUGUACAAAAACGAGCAUAUAUAGUCGCGUUUGGUGUUAAUUAUUUUUUCAUAGCUUUGAAAAGAAGCAUAAAUGUCGGUGGACAGCAGCACCAUUACAAAGCUUUUACGACGCUGUUAGACGUUACAUCAUUUGGGUUCGUCUCGGCGAUUGAGUUUCGAACGGUUCAUGUGACUCGCUAUUAAAAUGUAACAACUGCUGUUGCGUAUGUUCCGUAGAGCUUGUCGCUCUUAUGUAAUCGUUCACUUAAUUUAUUCGUGUUAUCAUUAGCUUAACAAUUCGAUCUAGAGUUCGUACUUAUAGAUGGUUUACGUAACAACUCUUUUUUGGCAAGGAAUGCGAGUUACGUAAAAUAUGUAUGAAUGAUAUAAGUAAAUCACGCGGUAUUAAUUACUCGUCACUAGCCAGGAAGUAAGUUAGAGUUAUAGGCGAGAUAUUACGUAAUGCACUUCGUAUUUCGAGUUAGACGAUUGCAAUUGUGUUCAAGUGACGACGCAUAUAUAUAUUCCACAUAUUAAUAAAAUGAUUUUACUUUUGCGAAACUUUUCGCACAGUCAUUUGUAAUUUUAUUCGCUUUCUAUUACGCUUAAUAUUUUGUGAAUAUUUUCUUCAAUAAAGAUCUAAUAUCUAAUUUAA